AUGAAGCUAGGACAUCGUGAGCAACAAUUCUACUUGUGGUACUUCAUCGUUCACAUUCCCAUCACCAUAUUCAUCGACUCAUCAGUGGUUAUUCCCGCUAAAUGGCAACUAGGGAUUGCGCAAAAGGUUGUUAGUGAUCACAUCGCAAAGCAACACGAUUUCCUGCUAUCAGAGAAACCAGAAUGGCUAUACUGGUUUGUAGUCCUUGAGCUAGUUCUGCAACUACCCCUUUUCGUCUAUUUCGUCAAUAAAUUCUGGAAUUCAAGCGAAUUACAAGUUAAUACAAAUAGCAGAUUGAAAAAGUGGUUGCGUAUCUAUGGCUGGAAUGCCUCUCUAACUACCUUGAUAUGUAUCGUUGUUAUUUUCAAGCGUGGUUACAUUCCUUACGAUGUGCUAAAAACAAGCUUGUCCAUGACCCAGAAGUGUCAGUUAGCCUCGGUGUACCUACCUACAUUCCUAAUUCCUUUGCGUUUGUGUUUUGUGUAG